GUUUUUUGGUUCCGAAUUAGAUGAACAUGCCAGGCAUCCCCGAAGAGCCCAUGGUUGGUGACCUUUAUGAUAUGAUUGUGGAAAACUCGCCACACUUGAAUGGAGAGAAUACGCCUGAGCUUGCAGCAAACCCAGAGAGAAUAGUGGAGGACCCUUUAACAAAGUAUGUCAUUGAUGAGGUAAACCCUCAAACGCAAGAUACGGGGAAUGAUAAGUAUAGUGUCACUGCCGGAACCUCGAAUCAACAAGCCUUUAAGCCAUCACACACGAGUAUUUAUACACACGAUGGCUCACAGAAUGAUUACUUUGCAGAGGAAGGUCCCUGGCAACUGGAGUACCCUGAAUAUGCAGUUCUGGACACAGUAUUGGUAGAUGAAUACAGCAACUCUCUCAUCAAACCAAAUCAAAACGAGCAAAGUGACGAGAAUAUUGAAGAAGUACUGGAAAAGAUGAUUCUGAAUGCUAUUAACAUUGAUAUCACAAAAGAGCUGCACAGCCCUUAUUCGUUUGCAGGUAACAAGCUAAGGCAAGCAAAUUCAAAGCAUAGCUUCAAAAGCACUUUUAAUGGACGUUUAGGAGUAAAUCUCCCUGUCAAAAAUAACCAGCACAUCCCAAGCGAUAAACACAUGACUUCUGAAUCACAAGAAAUUGCAGGCAACGCUCUACCGAUAGAUCCUAUUAGAUACACCAAAGAAACCAAGCAAAUUAUCAAGUCGUUUCAAUCUAAGGUACCAACAUCUUCUGGUGCUCUUGGAAAAGUGCUUGAGAAGGUAAACAGAGUUGAAGAGCUUGCAGAAGAAGAUGUAGAACACAUACACGAUCUGGAUUACGAUGAUGAUGACGACAGUGAUGGAGAUGAUUAUGACGCUUACGCCAAAUAGGAGAUAGUACCUUAGCCAAUUGCAU